AAUCGCUGAUCAGAAAUCAGCAGGCGUGCUCUUAAUUUACGGCCUCGCCACGGAAGAGGCGUCGCUCGGAAACAGAUUCAAAGUCAGUUUUACUGGCGAUUCGCCGGCGGCUUGUCAUUCCCGGUCACGAGACGGUACUUCCUGUGAGAACGAGGCCGAAAAGUAAACAGAAAUCGAGGUGGAAGCAUUUUUCUCCCCCCUGUGUAGCUGUGAAAUGUGCAAAUUUAGCUGCUCGGCAAGUGUCUCCUAGCGUUUGUCCCGUUCAGGAAAACCAACCACGGCGGGCUGAGACAGAAGGGAAGACACCGAGAGUCUGUUGGCCAGACAACAUGGAGACUGUGUGUUUCCGGCUACCGGGACACGGGGACACGACCCUGAAGCACAUGAACUCCCUCCGGUCCCGCCAACAUUUCUGCGACAUUACCAUCGUGGCCAGUAACAACCAGACCUUCAAAGGUCAUAAGGUAGUGCUGGCGGCCUGCUCGCCCUUCCUGAGGGAUCAGUUUCUCCUCAACCCCUCACCCAGGCUUCAGGUGUCGAUGUUGUACAGCUCCUCGGUUGUGUGCGACUUGCUGCAGUCGUGCUACACUGGCAUGCUGCAGUUCAGUCCUGAGGAGAUUGUCAACUACCUGACUGCUGCUAGCUACUUCCAGAUGGAGCACAUCGUGGAGCGCUGCAGAGCCGCGCUGGAGAGAUACGUGCAACUGAAGAACCCCAAUCUGCUGAAAAUGGCUGAGGAGGACGGUCAGGUCAGACCGGUUAUUCUCAGCGCCAACGUUCAUUCAGUUGCUUCACCUUUGACCACUCAGCCCUCCCCCAUGGAGCAGCACAGCCCUGCAGUCAUCACACUGGAGGAGGAAAACAGCGAAACAUCUGCUCAGCACGCCGGCGACAGCCCCGAGCUGGAAGAGCCCGACGCUAAGGUAAACGCGAUGGGUGAGGAGGAUGAGAACCGACCGGAGGACUACAGCGUUUACAGAGUGUACAUCCCUGAGGAAGAGCUGACAAACCGAGACGGGGAGCCGGACAUGGGAGACUCUGCCGACGUUCCUCAGGACCUGUGUUACCCAGAAACCAACAGGAUCUUCAUUGCAGGAGACGGCAGCGAAUGCGACUUGGACUCUGCUGAGGAUCUGAGUUUCGGGGGCCUCAGAGCGUUCAGGCAAAGACUGUCCGAGCCGAAGGUCAGCCGCGGCAGAGGGAGAGGCAGGGGAAGGGGAUUCAAGAAGCGAAAGUGGGGAUCAUCCCAAGAGAAAAGGUCCACGACUUUAGCUCACCGUCAGGAUCUGUGGUACGCUGCCGCUGCUGGACUGGGAGGGGGCUUUGCCCUGGACUUCAGCCAGGAGGAUCUGAAGACCGCAGCAAAUUAUUUUGUUGAUUUCCCCCGGUUGGACUUUUCUCUGGGCAGCGUUCACGGUGAAAAGGUCUCCCCCGUUAACCAGUUCUCCAUGGAAGAGUCUGGCGCCGGCGAAGGGAGUUCAGGGUUGAACGCUGUCGGCACAAACGAAGGAGGGGAUGAGUCCGUCGCCGUGGUGGGCUCCACUUCCAGCGUGACUGGGCCUGUAAUUUGCGAGCACUGUGGCCUCACUUUCCCCUCGGCACACUCCCUGGCCGUCCACUCCCGCUCCACCCACCUUCUGUACGUCUGCCCCUGCUGCGGGAAGCACUUCCACCAUUCCACCAACCUCACCCGACACAUGGCCGUGCACCGAGGAGCCGCCAAGGCCCACCAGUGCCCCUUGUGCUACAAGACGUUCACCCAGAAGUCCACGCUGAUAGACCACAUGAACCUCCACAGCGGGGAGCGGCCGCAUCGUUGUGCCUAUUGCCACGCCCGCUUCGCCCACAAGCCCGCCUUACGACGCCACCUGAAGGAGCAGCACGGGAAAACCACGGGGCAGAACUCCCUGCACGAGCAGGAGGAGCGGGAGAGGGCGAGAGAAACUGCAGUAAGAGAGCCGGAGGAAGAACAGGAAGGCCUGGUCACUGAACAAACUGAGCAAGUGUCAUGAGCAAAAACAUAGACUUUCCCAUGUUCUGUUAAACCCAAGCUUCAGUGCAUUUUAUCAGGAUUUUCUUGUGAUAGGCCAACACAAGGUGGCAUACAAUUGUGAGGCAGAAGGAAAAAUGUAUUUUUUUUACUAAUGAAGAGAUAAAUUAAGUGGCAUGCAUUUUUCUAGGUAGAGCUGGACAGUACAUCAAUGAUAAUAUAUAACAGGAAAGACAUUGAUAUCAAUAAAUGCGUCUGAUAGAAUAGUCAAUAAUUUUACUGAACUUGGAAUCAGAACCACAUGGCAUUCUGGGGGAGGGAAAGAGGAAAGCUAAGCCAGUUUAGCCAGUUUAGCUAGGUUGGCGACAUCAACUAACUCGCUCACUGUUUGGUUUUCACCACUGUGCCUCAUAACUGCUUAAACAUUAAAAACUUAGGUGUGGAAUGAAACUUUGGCUAAAAUAGGAAAGGCCAUGCCACCAGUUAAAACUACUCAAUAGUUAUUGAUAUCGACUGAUAUUGAGCGCGUAUCAUUAGCCAUUUUCCAGCCAUAUCGCCCAGCUCCGGUAGAAUUUCUACUGGCCAAUCAAAGAACAGAGGAAGUUGCGAACGAUGACGUAGUCUGCUUGUAGUUUUAGCAACGGCAGCGCUGGGAGUGAAUGAGCCGUUCAGUCCGUGUUGGCCGUGCUUCUAUGGCAAGCCGUUUUAACAUAAAUUCGGUUUUGCCGCCCUUACAUUCCAGAUAUCUCAAAUUGUUUUAUGACUAGAAGUUUUAGCAAUUUAACAUAUCUCUAAUUAUAUUUUGACUAGACAAAAUACCUAUUUGAGAUAUCUCUAAUUACAUUCUGACUAGUCAAAAUGACGUCAGAUUUACCAUUGAUUUGUAUGGGGACUUCAAUUUAAGAUAUCUACAAUUAAUUACUGACUAUCUGAAAUACACAUUUCAGAUAUCUACAAUUAAAUUAUGACUAAUCAAAAAGUAAAUUCAAGAUAUCUCGAUUGUAGUUUUGACUAGUCAUAAUUCUAAUUAAAGAUAUCUCUAAUUAGUCCAUAAUUCAAGAUAUCUUAAAUGUAUUUUUGGAUAGUAGAAAUGUAGUUUUGACUAGUGGAAAUUAAAUUAUAGAUAUCUUAAAAGCAAAUAAUGACUAGACAAAACUAAAUUAGAGAUAUCUUGAAUUAUAAUUUUGACUAGUCAAAAUUCCUUUUAAGAUAUCUCUAAAUAAAUUAGAAAUAUCUUGAAUUAUUCAACUUUUCUAUUUAAGAUAUCUUAAAUGAACAUUCUGACUAGUCAAAAAUGACGUUACAGAUAUCUUGAAUUAGCAUUCUGUCUAGUCAAAGCGUCACUGAUUUACGUGGCAAUUUGAAUGUUUAAUAAAACAAUGAAAAAUAGAAAAAACGAAAAAAGACGUUUGAAAAUGCACAACUUUCAUGUUGAAAAUGGAUUGACAAAGCAGUUUUAGCUUUUAAAAGCUGUUUUUAAGUGCAUUUAGUUCGUCGGAAAUGAAUAAACAGGACAUUUUUUGCAGACAUCAUUAGCAGUCUUAUAGUUUAUGAAGUUUUGUGUUGUCCGCAUGUCCAACAUUUUUUCUAAUUUGUGGCAUUUAUGGACAAUUUUGUGCAGGAAACAUAAAAUUCUGCAGGCAACUGUUUGGACAGCACAAAGGGGCUUCAACGUCAUUCUUAAUUCAGAUAUCUAAAAUUGUAAUUUUGACUAGUCAUAAUUACGUCCGAGAUAUCUUAAACCGUAAUUCCGGAUACGUGUCUCGUCAAAUUACAGAUCCAGUGACGUCAUUUGAGAUAUCUUGAAAGGAAUUUUGACUAGUCAAAAUGUAAUUGAAGAUAUCUUGAAUUAUUAUUCUUACUAGUCAGAAUGUAAAUACAGAUAUCUUAAAUUACCAUUCCGGAUAGUCAAAAUGUAGUUUUGUCUAGUCAAAAUACAUUUUCAGAUAUCUGGAAUGUAAUUACGGAUAGUCAGACGGAACCGAAUUUAUGUUAAAACGGCUUGCCAUAUAUGGCAAGCCGUUUUAACAUAAAUUCGGUUUUGCCGCCCUUACAUUUCAGAUAUCUCAAAUUGUUUUAUGACUAGACGUUUUAGCAAUUUAACAUAUCUCUAAUUAUAUUUUGACUAGACAAAAUACCUAUUUGAGAUAUCUCUAAUUACAUUCUGACUAGUCAAAAUGACGUCAGAUUUACCAUUGAUUUGUAUGGGGACUUCAAUUUAAGAUAUCUACAAUUAAUUACUGACUAUCUGAAAUACACAUUUCAGAUAUCUACAAUUAAAUUAUGACUAAUCAAAAAGUAAAUUCAAGAUAUCUCGAUUGUAGUUUUGACUAGUCAUAAUUCUAAUUAAAGAUAUCUCUAAUUAGUCCAUAAUUCAAGAUAUCUUAAAUGUAUUUUUGGAUAGUAGAAAUGUAGUUUUGACUAGUGGAAAUUAAAUUAUAGAUAUCUUAAAAGCAAAUAAUGACUAGACAAAACUAAAUUAGAGAUAUCUUGAAUUAUAAUUUUGACUAGUCAAAAUUCCUUUUAAGAUAUCUCUAAAUAAAUUAGAAAUAUCUUGAAUUAUUCAACUUUUCUAUUUAAGAUAUCUUAAAUGAACAUUCUGACUAGUCAAAAAUGACGUUACAGAUAUCUUGAAUUAGCAUUCUGUCUAGUCAAAGCGUCACUGAUUUACGUGGCAAUUUGAAUGUUUAAUAAAACAAUGAAAAUAGAAAAAACGAAAAAAGACGUUUGAAAAUGCACAACUUUCAUGUUGAAAAUGGAUUGACAAAGCAGUUUUAGCUUUUAAAAGCUGUUUUUAAGUGCAUUUAGUUCGUCGGAAAUGAAUAAACAGGACAUUUUUUGCAGACAUCAUUAGCAGUCUUAUAGUUUAUGAAGUUUUGUGUUGUCCGCAUGUCCAACAUUUUUUCUAAUUUGUGGCAUUUAUGGACAAUUUUGUGCAGGAAACAUAAAAUUCUGCAGGCAACUGUUUGGACAGCACAAAGGGGCUUCAACGUCAUUCUUAAUUCAGAUAUCUAAAAUUGUAAUUUUGACUAGUCAUAAUUACGUCCGAGAUAUCUUAAACCGUAAUUCCGGAUACGUGUCUCGUCAAAUUACAGAUCCAGUGACGUCAUUUGAGAUAUCUUGAAAGGAAUUUUGACUAGUCAAAAUGUAAUUGAAGAUAUCUUGAAUUAUUAUUCUUACUAGUCAGAAUGUAAAUACAGAUAUCUUAAAUUACCAUUCCGGAUAGUCAAAAUGUAGUUUUGUCUAGUCAAAAUACAUUUUCAGAUAUCUGGAAUGUAAUUACGGAUAGUCAGACGGAACCGAAUUUAUGUUAA